CCCCGCCAGGCCAUCCAUUCCAUCAGUUCAUUCCGCCUUGAGCCCAUCGAACAUCAUAAUCUCCCUCCUCACGGGCAGAUCAGGAUGCUCCAGCCGCAGGUGGCCCUUCGGCUCCCCGCUGUCUCCCACAAGAGCCGUCUUGGCCCGCAUGUCCCGUGUCCCGUGGCCGAAGGAGAAGGUGGGGUUGGUGCGGUUCUUCGACUUGACCUGCCGCCCAAGACACGACCGGGGGUCGCCCGUGUCCAGGAAAGUGUCGUUCUGCGGCGCCCUCUCGCCGAAGCGGUUGUCCUUUGGGAAGGAGUGAAUCGGCAAGGUCUGCCUGCCGGACUCUGCCUGGUGGCCGACGGACGAGACGAGGGGGUAGCUGCCGGGGCCCACUGCUGACGGCGUCUGGACUAUCGCCCCCAACACUGGCGUCUUGAGGCCGAAUGACGAGGCGCGGAUAGAGCGGCGAAUCUUCAGGAUGUCCGGAUGAUACCCGGCAGGGCCUGCGGGAAAGAAGAGACAGACGGCGUGGUUCCGUUGUGGAUGAUUUGGUGUGUGUGAGCUGACAGACCGGGUGAAGUCUGUCCAUAGAGUGCGGCCGGGUGUGACUUGACGAUGGUCGCAUCACGGUUGUUGAAUCGGGUGCCGGUUCCGAAGGGCGGCGGGUGCACGCCCUUGAACUUGAAGCUCUGGCUGUCUGGCACGAUGCCCAUCAGGUCGGUGGUCGAUAUCGGCACCUCCGACCGGUAGUCGGGGCGCUGCUUGGCGUCGCCGAACGAGAACACGUGCAUGUUGGCCUUGCCCUCAUCGCCACGAGGACUGCACACAGACAGACACCAAGACACACACACACAGAGACAGGCAGACGGCCUGCAUGCGACAGUCACCAUGAGUGUGUGUGCGCGUGUGUAUGUACUCGUAUAUGGGUCCAGGGCUGUGUUUGAGGCCCGUCUUGAACUGUGCAUCGCGGCCAGACGUGCCAAACGAAUACUCGGGGGCGCUCUGCCUCAACCCCUGCAUGUCGUCAACCAUCGACCGACAUCACAGAAACAAUCACGAGAGGGAAGAGGAAACAGAGGGAAGGCCGUUGCUCCCGCCGUCCUCACCUCAAUCUGUCUGCCAACAGCAGGUACGUUCGGGUUGUCCAGCAGCAGAUUCGCCAUCACGCCUCAGACCUCUUCAACUCCGAGUCGUCGUCUUGGGGGACGGUGGGGGCCUGCUUCUCGCCACUUUCAAG